CUUCUGACUGUGAGUCUUAACAUGCUGGUAAUCAUUGCAAUUCUGCACUUCAGACAGCUUCACACCUCCACAAACAUGAUUCUUCUCUCUCUGGCUUUCUCAGAUUUCUUCGUGGGUUUUCUAUUCUUGUUUCAACUCAUGAUGGUAGACGGCUGCUGGUAUCUUGGCAACCUCAUGUGUGCUCUGUUUUUUACUUUAGAUUUCAUUGUUGUCGCUGCCUCAGUAGGAAAUAUGGUGCUUAUUUCAAUUGACCGUUAUGUAGCCAUAUGUGAUCCUCUACAUUAUCCCACUAAGGUUACUCUGAAAAGAACUAGAGUCUCAGUUUCACUCUGUUGGACUUGUUCUCUAAUUUAUUCCAUUGUGGCGUUGAGAGAGAGCCUACAACAACCGGACAUGUUUAGCUCCUGUGCUGGAGACUGUACAGCUGACAUUGGCACCACGGGGUUUAUUAUCGAUCUUUUUUUAACAUUCCUUAUUCCCAUUACUGUCAUAAUAGUUCUUUAUGCUAUAGUCUUUGUGGUGGCUGUUUCUCAGAUUCAGAUCAUGCGCUCUCAAGUUUCAGUCCUCACAAGUAGGUAUUCAGUAAAAGCAAUUCCCAAAAAAUCAGAAAUAAAAGCAGCCAGGACUCUUGGGCUUGUGAUAAUUGUGUUUCUGUCUUGCCUUUGCCCUUAUUUCUGUAUCUCCCUAUUGAGUUUAGAGAGCUUACUCCAUACUUUGACAGGUGUUUAUGUUAUAUCAUUGUUUUACUUCAAUUCGUGUCUUAACCCACUAAUCUAUGCAUUAUUCUAUCCUUGGUUUAGAAAGUCUAUCAAAAUUAUUGUUACACUUGAAAUAUUCAAGUCAGGUUCCUCUAAUGUAAACUUACUGCAUCCCUAAACACUAUACUGUACAGUGUCCAGCAAAUCUGUAAACAAUAUUUUUCCUGAUGUCAAAAACUCAACCUCCAUGUGUUUUAGUUAGAUUUUAUGUGUUGGACAAAUAAAUAAUAAAGCAGAAUUUUGAAGGAGAAGGGAAAAAAUCCACAGUUUUAAUCAAAGAAAUACUUUACAUUACACCAACACUCAGGGGCCAGUGU